AGUGCAAAAUCUCAAACCUUCAGAAAACUAUUGCUCCUCUGUGGACAUACUUUUCUAUAUUUGCUAUUUGGAUGUUAUGGAUAGAAACAGUACUUACUCUCCAAUCACAUGGCCACCAAAGUUUUGGGAGCAGAUAACAAUAGCCUUCACAGUGUCCAUGCUGAUUGGACUGGUGAUUGGAGGGAUCAUCUGGGCAUUGUUCACUUGCUUGUCCCGUCGCAGAGCUAGUGCCCACAUUUCCCAGGGGAGCCCCUCAACCUUCAGCCGUCGGUCCAGACCCUCCUCCCAUGGCCACACUAACAGCAGGACUGGAUUUUACCGCAACAGCAGCUGUGAACGUCGAAGCAACCUCAGCCUGGCCAGCCUCACCUUCCAGCGGCAAACCUCCUUGGAGCAGCCUUUCCUGCAAUGUCCUCCCCUCCCUGUGGAGACGAACAGUCAGCUGAUCACCCUCACUCCCACAAAUACUACCACAACCCUUGUGGGAAGCACCACCAACAGCCUGAGUCGACCUGAAUUCCACUGGUCUAACAACAGCCUCCGCAUCUGCCACUCCACACAAAUCCCACCUCCUGCCUAUGAAAGCAUCAUAAAAGCUUUCCCAGAAUCCUGAGCUAGGCCCUUGCUGCAAAUGCACACAUGCAUUUGAGGAGGAACCUCAAUUAUCUAAAUAAUUUUCUGUGCAUGAUGAAGAUCUCUGAGAAGUCUCCAGUUG